AUGGUCCUGCAGGCGCGGAACAAGCACCGGGAGGCGGCUCCCAAGCCGCCCCAGCCGCCCCGCGCCUCGCAGUCGCCGCUGAGGGGGGCGCCGGACGUCGGCGCCGGGGAGCCCGGGCCCGAGCGCGCGCCACCGUCCCCGGGGCGCAAGGGCGCCGCGGGCAGGAAGGGGCCCCGCGCCGAGCCCGCCGCGCCGCCCGCCGGGGGUGGCCUCGGGGGGCGCCUGGCGGCCCGGUUGCGCGGGGCGCUGGGCCUGCGGCGCGCAGGGCGCGGCCGGACCUGGACCACGCUCCUGUUAGCUGCUUUUGCAGCAGUGUUGCACUGGAGCCAUAUAACACACCUCUUUGAAAAUGACCGUCAUUUUUCUCACCUCUCAACAUUGGAAAGGGAGAUGGCUUUUCGCACUGAAAUGGGACUGUAUUAUUCCUAUUUCAAGACUAUUGUGGAAGCACCCUCAUUUUUGAAUGGAGUAUGGAUGAUUAUGAACGAUAAACUGACCGAAUACCCCCUUGUUAUUAAUACAUUAAAAAGAUUUAAUCUUUACCCUGAGGUAAUUUUGGCCAGUUGGUACCGGAUUUAUACCAAAAUAAUGGAUUUGAUUGGUAUUCAAACCAAGAUAUGUUGGAUGGUUACCAGAGGAGAAGGGCUUAGUCCUAUUGAAAGCUGUGAAGGAUUGGGAGAUCCUGCUUGCUUUUAUGUUGCUGUAAUUUUUAUUUUAAAUGGGCUGAUGAUGGCAUUAUUCUUCAUAUAUGGCACAUAUUUAAGUGGCAGCCGAUUAGGAGGCCUGGUUACAGUGUUGUGCUUCUUUUUCAAUCAUGGAGAGUGUACUCGUGUGAUGUGGACACCACCUCUCCGUGAAAGCUUCUCAUAUCCAUUCCUUGUUCUUCAGAUGUUGCUUGUGACUCAUAUUCUCAGGGCUACAAAACUAUAUAGAGGAAGCUUGAUUGCACUCUGUAUUUCCAAUGUAUUUUUCAUGCUUCCUUGGCAGUUUGCUCAGUUUGUACUUCUUACUCAGAUUGCAUCAUUGUUUGCAGUGUACGUUGUCGGGUACAUUGAUAUAUGUAAAUUACGGAAGAUCAUUUAUAUACACAUGAUUUCUCUUGCACUUUGUUUUGUUUUGAUGUUUGGGAACUCAAUGCUAUUAACUUCUUAUUAUGCUUCUUCUUUGGUAAUUAUUUGGGGUAUUCUGGCAAUGAAACCACAUUUCCUGAAAAUAAAUGUAUCUGAACUUAGUUUAUGGGUUAUUCAAGGAUGUUUUUGGUUAUUUGGAACUGUCAUACUCAAGUACUUGACAUCUAAAAUUUUUGGUAUUACAGAUGAUGCUCAUAUUGGCAACUUAUUAACAUCAAAAUUCUUCAGUUACAAGGAUUUUGAUACUUUAUUGUAUACCUGUGCAGCGGAGUUUGACUUUAUGGAAAAAGAGACUCCACUGAGAUACACAAAGACAUUAUUGCUUCCAGUUGUUCUUGUAGUGUUUAUUGCAAUUGUUAGAAAGAUUAUUAGUGAUAUGUGGGGUGUCUUAGCUAAACAACAGACACAUGUAAGAAAACACCAGUUUGAUCAUGGAGAGCUGGUAUAUCAUGCUUUGCAAUUGUUAGCAUAUACAGCCCUUGGUAUUUUAAUUAUGAGACUAAAACUCUUCUUGACACCCCACAUGUGUGUUAUGGCAUCACUGAUCUGCUCAAGACAGCUAUUUGGAUGGCUCUUUUGCAAAGUACAUCCUGGUGCUGUCGUUUUUGCUAUAUUAGCAGCGAUGUCAAUACAAGGUUCAGCAAAUCUGCAAACCCAGUGGAAUAUUGUAGGGGAGUUCAGCAAUUUGCCACAAGAAGAACUUAUAGAAUGGAUCAAAUAUAAUACUAAACCAGAUGCAGUGUUUGCAGGUGCCAUGCCCACGAUGGCAAGUGUUAAGCUCUCUGCACUUCGGCCCAUUGUGAAUCAUCCACAUUAUGAAGAUGCAGGCUUGAGAGCCAGAACAAAAAUAGUAUAUUCAAUGUAUAGUCGGAAAGCAGCUGAAGAAGUGAAGCGAGAACUGAUAAAGUUAAAAGUGAAUUAUUACAUUCUAGAAGAGUCAUGGUGUGUAAGAAGAUCCAAGCCUGGUUGCAGUAUGCCUGAAAUUUGGGAUGUAGAAGAUCCUGCCAAUGCUGGGAAAACUCCCUUAUGUAACCUCUUGGUGAAGGAUUCCAAACCUUACUUCAUCACUGUAUUCCAGAACAGUGUUUACAAAGUCCUAGAAGUUGUAAAAGAAUGACUGCUACAUGAACUGCUGCCCACGGACAACUACAUCAGCAGAUUAACCUCAUUGUGGAUUGUCCUUGAGACCUUAGUCCUCAGGAUGGUUUCUGGUGACCACUGCUGGAAGCCACUAUUCUCUUUCUACCUUCUUACCAGAGUCCAAGGGCAGGCCUAGUCUCCGGGAAGCAGCAGCUUGCUGAUGUGAGUCCCCUACAAAGGCUGAGGAGUGUGACCUCAGAGAAGCACCGCCCCCCAGCCCUGCCCCGGUGCCCAGAGCUGCAACUCCCAGGGACACUCCUUCCCUGGAGGUGGCCCAGGAGAUGGACUCUGGCAGUGUUCUUCAGAUUUGUGGCCGCUUUUUGUCAUUUGCUGGUUGGCUGUUUUUAUUUCUUAGGCUUUUGCUAGUUUUAGAAAAUAGAGAAGCAGCCAGUGAUUUGUGGACUAAGAGCAACACUGAAGCGAUGAUGUAUAGCACCAGCAGUCUAGGAACAUGGGCAGUGGACACUUGAGACUGAGGAUGGGAGUCGGCGUAGGCAGGGAAGGGGAGGUGCUCUCUGCUUAUCUGCGAUUGUUGCUUACCCGAGUGUGGCUGAUUUUGUACAUCCAGCAGUUACAAUUUUUAAAAAUUUUACUUUUACAGUUACUUUUCUGUUUUUCUCACCCCCUAGUAAUUUACUUCCAAAUAAGUUCACAUGUAAUAAGUAGAAAUUCUGUACGGGAAAAAGCAUUAAAAAUACUAUUUUAACUGUUUCAUUUGCUGGGAACCAUUAAAAGUAGCGUAAAUUAGCUUUUUCCAGAAGGAUCCUUUUGUAGCAGUGUUUAUGAAUGUAACCCCCAGUACAAUGCGGCUAUAUAUUAGGGGAGCCAGUCUGGAGCAGAGGCCUGAAGGUCCCUGCUAUGCAGCUGUGGCCACGGUUUGCAGCACCAGCACUGUGGAGCAUUUGCACCUUUGAUGGCAAUGCAGAGUGGUAGCAGGUUCCAUAGGUGUGACAAAACAGUAUUAAAUCUCAGUGUUUUGCAUAUUUUUAGCAUUUAAAAAUAUUUUUGCUUUAGUGUGAAGAAAGGAUAAAAGAAAGUGAUCAAAAUAGCUAUUGCUAUGACAUUUUAGAAAACAAAGUUGGGGCUGUAUUUCUGUAAAAAGAUAACCUCUAAAAAUGCUUGGCAAAAAAAGUAUAGUGUUAAGAUAGGCCAGUGAUAUUAAUGAGAAAGUGAAAGGAUGUAUCAGGAAUAAAGUGUUAUUGCAUAGGAGUAUUGUAUUUUUAUGAAUUUUAUGCCAGUUGUUUACAUGUACUAUAUAUGUUAAAUAAAAAAAGAUCAUGAAAAAUGA